CCGCCUCCGCCGGUGCAAAGCUGUGGUCCUGUGACAGUUGAGGAUGGCGGGAGCUGACGGUCCCGGUGGGCGGCAGUCGGAACUGGAGCCCGUGGUAUCGCUGGUCGACGUCCUUGAGGAGGACGAGGAGUUGGAGAAUGAGGCGUGCGCCGUGCUGGGCGGCAGCGACUCCGAGAAGUGCUCCUAUUCGCAGGGCUUUGUGAAGAGACAAGCACUGUAUGCCUGUAGUACGUGCACCCCAGAGGGAGAAGAACCAGCAGGCAUUUGCCUCGCUUGCAGUUACGAAUGUCACGGAAGUCACAAACUCUUCGAGCUAUACACAAAAAGAAAUUUUCGUUGUGAUUGUGGAAACAGCAAGUUUAAAAAUUUGGAAUGCAAAUUAUUUCCUGACAAAGCAAAGAUAAAUUCUGGCAAUAAGUACAAUGACAACUUCUUUGGAUUGUAUUGCACUUGCAAGAGACCCUAUCCUGACCCUGAAGACGAGGUUCCAGACGAAAUGAUCCAGUGCGUGGUCUGUGAAGACUGGUUCCACGGAAGGCACCUUGGCGCCGCGCCCCCGGAGAGCGGGGACUUCCAGGAGAUGGUGUGCCAGGCCUGCAUGCGGCGCUGCUGUUUCCUGUGGGCCUACGCCGCCCAGCUGGCAGUAACCAAACUGUCUGCUGAGGAUGAUGGGUUGGCUCUGAACGUCGAUGGAGUAGGUGAUCAGGAAGUGAGCAAGCCUGAAAACGGAGGUCAUCAAGACAGCGUCCUUGAAGAGGAUGCUCCAGGACGUGCAAAGGACGCUGUCAAGGAAGUUAAAGCAGAUCAGGCGAAUGAACCAUGUACCAGCUCUAGUGCUGAACCUGAUCUCCAGACAGUGUUGAAGAAUCAGUGUCUCAACCCCGAGUCACAGUCUGGCUGCAGACUUCAGGAGCUUGCAGCUAAGCAUUGUGUGAAGAAGGACUCUGCCACCUACUGGCCCCUGAACUGGCGCAGGAAGCUGUGCACUUGCAAAGACUGCAUGAAAAUGUAUGGCGAUCUCGAUGUCCUGUUCCUGACAGAUGAAUGUGACACAGUUCUGGCUUAUGAAAACAAGGGCAAGGUUGACCAGGCGGCCGACAGGACAGACCCUUUAAUGGACACCCUCAACAGCAUGAACCGAGUCCAACAAGUGGAGCUCAUUUGUGAAUAUAACGACUUGAAGACUGAACUGAAAGACUAUCUCAAGAGAUUUGCCGAUGAAGGAACAGUUGUAAAGAGAGAGGACAUCCAGCAGUUCUUUGAAGAAUUUCAGUCAAAGAAGAGAAGAAGAGUGGAUGGGAUGCAGUACUAUUGCAGCUAGAGUGGGGCGUGGCGCCCUCUCAUCCAGGCCGGUGACAAUGCCACUCACUGUUGCAGGAAUAAAAGAGGCCUAUUUCACAUUCGCUCCUCUCCCCGUCCUCUUUGGAGAGGCCUCCUCCCCCGACCUUGAGCUCCCCUCACUCCUCGGCUGCAGUGGCCACAGCGUCUGCGCUGAUUUCACAACCAGCCUUCUUCCGGCUCAGCCAAAAGCAGCUCAUUCCACAGACUUCAGCCCCCACCAUUCCCCGUGUCUACCCAGGGUUAUUUGCUUUUAACUUUUAAGGAGUUCCAUUUGGUUUUGAGAAAGUAAACUAGUUUCUUUUCUAAAUUUUUGGUGUUUAACUCCCGAAUGUAUCUACUCUGCCGCAGAGCUGUCGUCUUCCAGGACCUGCUCUGGGGGCCUCUUCCUGCCGGCGAGGACCUGGCUGGGUCCCCUCACCCCUGUGAUCGUGGUGCCUUGGGUCACAGCUUCCUCAAGCCUGGUCUGCUCCUCUUCUCACGUGCCUCCUCUCUGAGGCUUGGUCACUGCUUAGAAGGAUCUCGAAACUCGCCUCCUCUGGGCCCAUCCUCUCGAGUAGCCAGGACUGCUGGUUUUGUGGCCUGGAUGUCUGUUACAGGCCAGGAGAUUGACUGACGGCAGGAUUGAGGAAGCUAACCUUUGAUACGAAUUUUACUAAUAAAUUUAAAGUGACCGUCUCAUUCGCAGUUCUGCUCGCACUGGCGUAUUCGAACUCAGUACCGUAGAGCUCACGGGGCUUCCCGAGAAUACUGCCAGCACGGCGUCCCUCUGCUCUGCCUAGAAACGAGACCGGCACUCCCCUGGGAAGCCGUGGUGGUUUACAGAGGCCUCUGGAUUUCUUUAUAUUAUCAGGGAUACGCUAAGCAUAUAUUAAAAACAAACCUAUUUUGAUAUUGUUCUGUUGCGAAAAUGUUAUUAGAACCCCGAUAAAUUAUUUCUCCCUUUAAAUUGUGCUGAAGAGAAAAAGAUACUGGCUUAGCUCACUGGUGCGGGGCAGGGCAGUGCGCGCCCCGUUCCGGGAGAGGCAGGGUGUGUGGGAGAGGCCAGACAAGACCCCGGGCUGCGCGCAUGAUGAGCUUGAUGUAUAUAAGUGUUCAUGCCCAUAGCUGGUUCCCUAACGACUGGGAGAUCGUUCGAAGAACCUCAUGGAAUGUGUAAAACCCAUUUGAAGGGAAGUCCUUUCAGCUGGUUUGGAAUUUCCUUGAAGUCCCUCAGUCAGUGUGGAAGACACCUUUUGAUACCGUUGCACUCUCCCCCUGGAGGGCGGAGGCCUUCCCUGGCAGUAGAUGACACUUGGAGGUGUGUGGCUGCAAGUAUCCGAGCCUCUGGGGCCACGCGUGUUUCAAAUACUCCUCGGUUCGGCAGCCACUUGGACGAGGGCCCGCCGAUCCCCGAAUGAGCCGAGUGGGAACCGCAGGGCCUCCCUCCCCUUUCUGCCUCGCACCUCCCACUCCCAGGUCCUCGGGGAGAGCUGCGUGCGGAGCUAGAAGGUCCCGCGGCCGCAGGAGAUGCCCGCGUGCCCUGGGCCGGCCUUGCAGAGAGAAAGGGUCAACAGGCUGGGGGGAAAGGUCAGGGCGUCUUUGCCGUGGAGUUUCCAGCUGGGGGGACUCUUCCCAAGUCAGGAUUUCUGCGCCCCCCUCUGCAAGGCUGCCCAGGUGGGUCGUUGUGGCCUGCAAGCGUGUGCAUCUUCUCAAACGUCUGACUACCAGAAGGUCCUCCGGACAGGUCAGGACCCGGUCUCAGAGGUGACGCGCUGCUGUACCACAGUUCCAGUCGCCUGGUGCCGAAGGGCUAGUUUUAUGAAGGGUACUGUUCCUUCUUUUAUAUUAACCAGAAAACCUCUUUUUUUACCUUUUCUUCACAACUAGUUUUCUUAUUGACUGUUACGGGACCGUCUCUUCCUGUAGAGACUGAUUCUGGCCAACAUGUGGCAGUUAAUGCAUGUUUUAUGCAACAGAAGAAUAUGGUAUUAGUUGCUUUUAAGGAAUUCUGGCAUUGUAUGUCCAUUUUUGUAGAAUUGUUACUGGACUUAUAAUUGCAUACUAAACUUCAAUCAGGUUUCUGUAAAAUUAAAUAAAGCCAAUUCAAAAUA